GAAGGACUCUGACGGCGCGCGCCGCAUCCAGUACAAGGGCGCCCGCUACGUCCACGAUCCAGACGAGGACGCGUUCCGGCCCGUGGGCUUCGCCGAGUGCAGCCCGUGCGAGGCCCACGCCGCGCUCGCCGCAGGCGCCGCCGCGGCGCCCUCGCCGCCCCCCCGCGGGUCCCGGCAGCUCCAGGCCAUCUCUUGCCGCUGGUAUACAGCAAUGCCUGCCUACCCCGACGGCUCCGUGAAGUACGUCAGUCUCGGUGCCGAGCCCCCUCCUCCCCAUGCGCUAAGCUUUUGGCAGACUGCCACUGUUGUGUGCUUCGACGUGGACUGCACCGUCUGCGGGAAGGACUCCAUGGAUACGAUCGCCGAGUUUGUCGGUGCCGACGCUGCGGAAGUGGAGAGAAUCACAAGCCAGGCAAUGAACGAGGUGCUCUCUUUGGAGGAAGCCCUGCAGAAACGCAUGGGCGUCCCGAGCCCGACUUCCGCAGCCAUCGAGAGUUUUCACGAGGCGCACCCGCUGGAUGCACACGCAGGCGGCAAGCCCAAGGCCAUCCAGGGCAUUCGCACAAGUCUCCCGUUCGAGACCAUCAUCAUGAUCGGCGACGGCAUUACCGACUUCGUGGCCGCGGCCGAGGAAGCAGCUGACCUGUCCAUCGCUUACACCAGGUGCCGGGAGUCAAGCUUGUUCGAGACGGACGUCAUCUUGUGGGUGCACGACGGGAAGUUGGAGGAUGGCAGGAUGCUCACAGGUGUAAUGAAUGAGAGGCGCGAAGACUUGAAGCAUCACCCCGGCGUGGGCUCCGGCGAGAAUAUCACUGCGUGCCCAGAUGUGAUGGAUUUUGCCAGGGACGCCGGCUGUCGCCCUACGCGCUGGCACGUCAGAGAUACGGAGAGUCGCAAAGGCAUUGCGCCCACCUGUGACGGACGAACUUUCAUGAAGUUUUGCGGCAUCGCUGGCCUCAUCGCGACGUGCUUUGGCGGGCGCAACCGACGCGUCGCAGAGUCAUUCGCCAGGGAGCAAGGCAAGAAGUCGUUUACAGAGCUUCAGAUUCAACUUCUUGGUGGUCAGACGUUGCAACGGGCGCUCACAUCCAACGAGGCGCAGCCGGUGCUUGUCGCGAAAGUUUGGCUUCAGCAGUUCCCACCCUUCGUCGCUUUCAACGACAUUGUUGACGUCAGGGACUAUGCUAAGUAG